UCAGGCACUGUUUCAACACGGUUUUUCAACAAAAGUGAGCCGAUUUUCGUAAUUUUUAUGCCGUUGGCCUGCGAAGUAGUAAGAGUGUUUUCGCGCGACUGCGCCGGUACCGUCCUCCAUUGCUGUGUAGCCGGGCGACGGCCAUAGUAAAAAUGGUGGACGAAGCCGCCAUCGACCAGCAAUGGCGUCCCUUUCGGCCGCUGAUAUUGGUACAGAAGGCCACCCUCGGGCUGGUUGGUAGCACCAGCAGUUCGUGUCCACCUUUCAGGCAUAGCGAGUUCUAGCGAACCUGUCAUAGUAGAUUUCAUUGGGUUGUCACCAACGCCACUCACAACCGGCCCGUUCUUUGUAACUAACCAGUAGUACCAGCCAGUUGGGACGCACGCACGUUUCGGUUCACUGCUAGACAGCCCCAAGUUGGUUAUAUUAUUAUAUGUUGUUACACUGUCCUUAUGUGACGGUGACGUUUAAUUCCCAUUAACACCGACUUGCAACAAAAAUUGACCCGUUGUAAACAAAAAGAAGUCACCCCUUUAAGUUAGUCAACCGAAAUUAGCGUAGUUAUUUAGCGUGCUCUCUUUGUGUCGUCGCUCCGGCAGAUAAAAACAACGUUAGCAUUUAAUCUGCGAAUACAGUCACUUUAUUAUCAGCUUCUGUAGUAGUAGGAAUAUUGGUAAUUAUUCUUGAUCGUGUAGUGUAAUGCAGUUACUUUGAUACUUAUCGUGCUUGGCGCAGGACCUCAACACACCAGCAUAUCGACUUAUCAACAAAGUAUCUGCGUGUACAAAGUGCUCAGACAUUGUUGUGUCGGUUCUUUAUAAAGUGUCAUCGUGUUAGCCAAUUAUGGAAGACGAACUUCGCGAAAACGUCAAAAAUUUCCUUCUUAAUCAUGAUUUAUGCCGCAUGUGUAUUUUGCGGGCGCUCGGUGAGCGACAGACAAAUGCUUAUUGCAGACAAUUUGAAGAGUGGCGAACUCCUGGCGAACCUCAGUGUAAAAGGGUUCAGCGUGGGAUAUGCCCGGCGUGCUUGGGUCUUCUUGAGCCUGUCUACUUGUUCGAAGUAUUUGAAGCUGUAGUCGAAGCAGUGGCUAUAUCGGAGUGCCGUUUCCAUAACUUUCUACUAACGAUCGCGAUCCCGCCAGUGUGUUUGCUUCGCCAACGGCUGGUGUACUUAACGGUGAAGAACAAGUUUGAAAUGUACAAACUCGCUGAAGAAUGCCUAGUCACAGUUAAGGACUGCGUGAAGAUGGUGAUCGGUUUUCUAUUCGAAGAUGAAUUCAAAGUACUCUUUAGUCCAAAAGCGUCAUUCCAGGUUAAUAUUAUUUUACCUGGUGCGCUAACACCGGUGGAGCAAGAUGCAGUCAACAAAUUGGCAAAACCCGUUGUGAAAAAGUCGCGAAAAGCUAUGCGACGCGAUGAGUUUUCAACGAAGACAAUAACCUCCUUUCUUCAGAGAACAAGUGAGGACAACUUUCGAGCCGAGUUCAAGUUUCCUCCACCGGAAGCCUUGUGUAAGGCUCCGGAGCCACCAAAAGUCACCUGUGGCCACCUUCAAAUCUAUUUAGCAGGCCGCUACUGCAAAUACAGUCGUGAAUUGAGUCAGACCCCGUGGCUGAUCGAAGGUGAACGCAAGAUGAAAAACUCUGUCGAAGAGCUGAUUACCGACGUAGUUAGGCGUACCGUCCUAUGUGAACGAAUAACGUUUUCAUCAUCAGGCCGAGAAGAUGUGGACGUUCGAAUGCUUGGAGAAGGCCGCCCAUUUAUUCUCGAGGUAUGGAGGCCAAAACGGAUUGACUGGCUAGCCGAAGAAAUGGCCCAAAUUGAAGUACAAAUCAAUACUUCAACAAAAGAUAUCGCGGUCAACCGACUCCAGCUUAUUGGAAGGGAACAAGUCAAAGAUCUUAAGGAUGGUGAGGAGCAUAAGCGCAAAUUUUAUUGCGCUUAUUGUGUGACGGCAAAGCCUACAAGCGAGAUAGACUUCAGCAAGUUAACCUCGUUGAAAAAUCUCGUCCUCAAACAGAAUACGCCAAUGCGUGUUCUCCAUAGACGCACAGCAAUGAUUCGAGAUAGAACGAUCCACUCGGCUGAAAUAGAGAUCGUUGACAGUUUUAAGUUCAAAUUGAUACUUUGCACCCAAGCAGGAACAUACGUCAAAGAAUUUGUACAUGGUGACCUCGGAAGGACGUUGCCGAAUGUUUGCACGCUCUUGGAUGAAGCAGUGGACAUCGAGAAUUUGGACGUAACAAAAGUUGAUUUGGAUUGGCCGCCAGAGCGAGGAGCUACGGAGCUCCUUGAAAAUGGAGUUUUAACCUAUGACAGUGACCGAAGUGCCAAGGGGGACAUCGUUUAGUUAAAACAUAUUCCCCGUAUUUUUUGUUGUUGUGUACAAAUAUGCUAAUAUGUUAGAAUGUUUUAACUGAGUAUACUAAAAGAAGUUUAAUACAGAGAGAAAAGGAAUCGCGAUGAAAAUGAAUAGUUGUUUAGAUGGAGUAGAAAAUAGGAUGGAAAGCGGCGCAUGUCUUGUUUGCGGUUCUGUAAAUAUGCACAUUUAGAUUAAGAAAUCUAUGUUUAUAAAUAAAGAAAGUUCUGUUAGUGGGCUAAUUUAAUACAAUAUUUGAGUUCGUGAUGUUUUUCAUUCUAGGUAAAACGUUAGCUUUGGUUAACGAAAUUUGAUAAUCCACUUUACAACUGUUUGCCUCGUAAAUAGGAACAUCAUUUGUAUUUGAUUCUGCUAUGCUUAGUUGACAUUGAUAUAGGUACCUGUCCCAAUGGUGGCUGAGGUGGCAGCAUACUAUAAGCUGGUCUUACGUACAGUAACGUAGCUGUUCAGAUCGGAAUAACCGAGUAAAAAACAUAUUUAAGCAGAUUUUUUUUUUACAAGAAAGCAUUUCGAUCGUAUGGGUAUAGGUGUCCGAGGAUUAGCUGGUUAUGGAAAACAAGUUUGUUAUGGAAGCUGAAACUUUAGAUAACCCCAAAAACUUGUUUAGUUACUGAUAGUCGUGAAAUUCCUACGGGAUCCAUAAUAGAAAGUCACUCCAUAUUCUAAAUG